UUUGAGCACCCACAUCCUCGUCGGCCGAUCAGAGAAAAGAGGACACGACGCAGCGGAGGAGGAGGAGGAGAUCGAAUCGUAGGGGAGGAAGGGUCUUCCGAUGGGGUUCUUGAUGACGACCAUCAUCUUCUUCGUGGCGGGCGUUGUCGCCUCCGUCCUCGUCCGCCUCUGCUGCAACCGCGGCCCCUCCACUAAUCUGUUUCAUUUAACAUUAGUCAUCACGGCAACAGUUUGCUGUUGGAUGAUGUGGGCAAUUGUCUAUCUCGCGCAGCUGAAACCUCUGAUUGUUCCAAUCCUCAGCGAAGGAGAGUGACAUGCUUGGCAGAGAAUAAUUUGGGUUAUUGCUAUGUUUGAAGAAGUAUAUCCUAUUCAUGCUGAGAUGCAACUCAGCAACUUCUUGUAUGAUUUUAAACAACUUUAAUCUUUGAACCAAGUUGAGUAUCAAACACUUGGAGAUGUAUCUUCAUACACGUGUAAUAAUAAUGUGCUUCUUUGAGUUGGUUCACUUAA